UUCUGUUGAGCACAUAGAUGUAGCAUGAGCACUUCCCUUCUUAGGGGAGUGGAGAGAUUUGUUCAACCAGCUCAGCGAGGCCUCAGAAGAAAAGGUGUAAGGACAUCGGUAGUUUUCAAAUAUUUUAUCACUCGAUUUCAAGGCAUAUGAUGAGCUUCCGAGGAAAGGAAUUUUGGAAGAGGAGGCGAACAGUGAAGAGAGUGAACCCAGAAGGAAUCCACAGGGUUGGUGCUGAAAAGCCCAGACUUUUGGAGCCUUUGGAUUAUGAAACCGUCAUUGAAGAACUUGAAAAGACCUAUCGGGAUGAUCCUCUUCAGGACCUUCUGUUCUUCCCCAGUGAUGACUUCUCAACAGCCACGGUUCCUUGGGAUAUCCGAACACUGUAUUCGACGGUACCAGAAGAGGCAGAGCACAGGGCAGAGAGUCUGCUGGUGAAAGAGGCUUGUAAAUUCUACAGUUCCAAGUGGUAUGUGGUAAACUACAAAUAUGAACAAUAUUCCGGAGACAUUCGACAGUUACCCCGAGCAGAACACAAGCCAGAGAAGCUUCCUUCACAUUCCUUUGAGGUUGACCAUGAAGACGCUGAUAAGGAUGAAGAUACCACAUCCCACUCAUCAUCCAAGGGUGGUGGGGGAGCUGGAGGUACUGCUGUGUUCAAGUCUGGCUGGCUUUACAAGGGGAAUUUCAAUAGCACGGUGAACAAUACCGUCACUGUUCGGUCGUUCAAAAGGCGCUACUUCCAGUUGACUCAGCUGCCUGAUAACUCCUACAUUAUGAACUUUUACAAAGAUGAGAAGAUAUCCAAAGAGCCCAAAGGCUGCAUCUUUUUGGAUUCCUGCACAGGUGUGAUACAGAAUAACAGGCUGAGGAAAUAUGCCUUCGAGCUGAAAAUGAAUGACCUGACCUAUUUCGUGCUGGCUGCUGAAACAGAGUCAGAUAUGGACGAGUGGAUCCAUACACUGAACCGCAUCCUGCAGAUCAGUCCUGAGGGCCCACUCCAGGGAAGGAAGAGCGCAGAGCUGGCCGAGCUGGGGCUAGAUCCACUGGAUAAUUCUGUGACUUGUGAAUGUACACUGGAGGAAACAGAUUCUUCAGAGAACAGCCUGCAUCCUGACUUUGCAAAAUACCUCACAGAAACAGAAGACACUGUCAAAACAACACGAAACAUGGACAGACUCAAUCUGUUCUCCCUGGACCCAGAUAUAGAUACCCUAAAGCUUCAAAAAAGGGACAUUUUUGAAAACGAGUUCAUGAUCAAACCCUUUGAAGAGAAAGCUGCCAAAAGAAUCAUGGUCACCUGUAGAGCUCUCAACUUAAAUCUUCAGGGAUGUGUCACAGAGAAUGAAUACGAUCCUGUAACCAAUAUUGAGCCCUUUUUUGUGAGUGUGGCACUUUACGACCUCAGAGAUAACAGGAAGAUCUCUGCGGAUUUCCACGUGGACCUAAACCACCCUGCUGUCCGGCAGAUGCUCACAGGGGCCCCACCGGCCUUGGAAAACGGCAAUAUUGACACUGGUACAGCGAGACAACCCGAAGAACCUCACAUAAAGGGCCUUCCAGAGGAAUGGUUAAAAUUCCCAAAGCAGGCUGUCUUCUCUGUGAGUGAUCCUCACUCUGAAAUUGUUUUGGUGGCCAAAGUCGAAAAGGUCUUAAUGGGAAACAUUGGGAGCGGUACUGAACCUUACAUCAAGAAUCCAGACUCCAACAAGUUUGCACAAAAGAUACUAAAAUCCAAUAGGCAGUUCUGCAGCAAAUUGGGGAAAUAUCGGAUGCCGUUUGCUUGGGCAGUGAGAUCUGUAUUUAAGGACAACCAGGGGAAUGUGGACAGGGACUCAAGAUUUUCACCACUAUAUAGACAAGAAAGUAGCAAAAUGUCAUCUGAGGACCUCCUAAAACUGGUGUCAGACUACAGAAGAGCUGACCGGAUAAGCAAAAUGCAGACCAUCCCUGGAAGCCUGGAUGUUGCUGUGGACAACGUUCCCUUGGAACAGCCAAACUGUGUAACAUCGUCCUUUAUCCCCGUCAAGCCCUUCAACGUGACGGCUCAGUCAGAACCUACAGUGGAGGUGGAAGAAUUUAUUUAUGACUCAACAAAGUAUUGCCGUCCAUACCGAGUAUACAAAAAUCAAAUUUAUGUAUACCCCAAACACCUCAAGUACGAUAACCAGAAAUGUUUCAACAAGGCACGGAAUAUAACUGUGUGCAUUGAAUUCAAAAAUUCAGAUGACGAUGGAGCCAAGCCCUUGAAGUGUAUUUAUGGGAAACCUGGAGGGCCCCUCUUCACUACUGCCGCCUACACAGCUGUGCUGCACCAUUCUCAAAAUCCAGAUUUCUCUGAUGAGGUAAAAAUUGAGCUACCCACACAACUCCAUGGAAAACACCACCUUCUCUUCUCCUUUUACCACAUCACAUGUGACAUCAACGCCAAAGCCAACGCCAAAAAGAAAGAGGCUCUGGAGACAUCAGUGGGCUAUGCCUGGCUUCCUCUGAUGAAACAUGAUCAAAUAGCUUCUCAGGAGUAUAACAUCCCGAUAGCAACGACCCUGCCUCCUAAUUAUCUAAGCAUUCAAGAUCCUGCAAGUGCAAAGCAUGGUGGGAGUGACAUCAAAUGGGUCGAUGGUGGCAAACCACUUUUCAAAGUGUCAACAUUUGUUGUCUCAACAGUAAACACUCAGGACCCACAUGUGAAUGCAUUUUUCCGUCAGUGCCAAAAAAGAGAAAAAGACAUGUCUCAGUCACCUACCUCCAGUUUUGUCCGUGCCUGUAAGAACUUGCUAAAUGUGGACAAGAUCCACUCGAUCAUGAGUUUCCUACCUAUCAUCUUGAACCAGCUCUUCAAGAUUCUAGUGCAGAACGAGGAAGAGGAAAUCACUGGAACCGUCACCAGGGUUCUGGCUGACAUUGUGGCCAAGUGUCAUGAGGAGCAACUAGACCAUUCCGUCCAGUCAUACAUUAAGUUUGUAUUCAAGACCAGGUCCUACAAAGAGAGAACAAUACAUGAGGAAUUGGCCAAAAAUUUGAGUGAUCUUUUGAAGUCAAAUGAUUCAACAAUAGUCAAGCAUGUUCUAAAGCAUUCUUGGUUCUUCUUUGCUAUUAUUCUAAAAUCAAUGGCACAGCACUUGAUUGACACAAACAAAAUUCAGCUUCCCAGAGCUCAAAGAUUUCCUGAGUCUUACCAAAGUGAACUAGACAACCUGGUGAUGGGCCUGUGCGACCACGUGAUUUGGAAAUGCAAGGAUACCCUUGAGGAAACCAAAAGGGCGAACCACAGUGUUGCCAGAUUCCUUAAGCGCUGCUUUACAUUUAUGGACCGGGGAUUUGUAUUUAAGAUGGUGAACAAUUACACCAGCAUGUUCUCUUCCGGUGAGCUCAAGACAUUAUGCCAGUAUAAGUUUGAUUUCCUUCAGGAAGUUUGUCAACAUGAACAUUUUAUCCCUCUGUGUCUCCCCAUAAGAUCUGCAAACAUUCCAGAUCCUUUGACACCUUCAGAAUCAAUUCGAGAGUUACAUGCCUCAGAUAUGCCUGAGUACUCGGUCACAAAUGAAUUUUGCCGCAAACACUUCUUAAUUGGAAUUCUUCUCCGAGAAGUCGGCUUUGCCCUGCAGGAGGAUCAAGACAUCAGGCAUUUAGCUUUAGCUGUCCUAAAAAAUCUAAUGGCUAAGCAUUCUUUCGAUGAUCGAUACAGGGAGCCCAGGAAGCAGGCACAGAUAGCAAGUCUGUACAUGCCGCUGUAUGGCAUGCUCCUGGACAACAUGCCAAGAAUCUACCUGAAGGACCUGUAUCCUUUCACCGUGAAUACAUCCAAUCAGGGAUCUAGAGAUGACCUCAGCACUAAUGGAGGAUUUCAGACUCAGACGUCCAUGAAACAUGCAACUUCGGUGGAUACGUCAUUUUCCAAAGAUGUUUUAAAUUCCAUAGCAGCAUUUUCAUCAAUAGCUAUUUCUACAGUGAACCACGCAGAUUCCAGAGCAUCCUUAGCGAGCCUCGACUCCAACCCAAGUACCACAGAGAAGAGCAGUGAGAAGACAGACAACUGUGAAAAGAUCCCAAGGCCCUUGUCUUUGAUUGGGUCAACACUUCGCUUUGACAAAUUAGAUCAAGCAGAAACCAGGAGUCUUCUUAUGUGUUUUCUUCAUAUUAUGAAGACCAUCUCACAUGAGACUCUGAUUGCCUACUGGCAGAGAGCACCCAGUCCAGAGGUGUCAGACUUCUUCAGCAUCUUGGAUGUUUGUCUUCAGAAUUUUAGAUACCUAGGGAAACGCAAUAUAAUAAGGAAAAUUGCUGCAGCGUUUAAGUUUGUGCAGUCUACCCAGAACAAUGGAACUCUGAAGGGAUCCAAUCCUUCCUGCCAGGCGUCAGGUCUCUUGUCGCAAUGGAUGCACACGACUUCCGGCCACGAGGGACAUAAGCAGCACAGGUCUCAGACUUUACCUAUAAUCCGAGGCAAAAAUGCACUUUCCAACCCCAAACUUUUACAGAUGUUGGACAACACCAUGAACAGCAAUUCCAACGAAAUAGACAUUGUCCACCACGUAGACACAGAGGCUAACAUAGCCACUGAGGUUUGCCUCACUAUUCUGGACCUGCUGUCUCUCUUCACCCAGGUCCACCAGAGACAGCUCCAACAAUCUGACUGUCAAAACUCACUCAUGAAAAGGGUCUUUGAUACUUACAUGCUGUUUUUCCAAGUCAACCAGUCAGCCGCAGCCCUGAAACACGUGUUUGCUUCUUUGAGACUGUUUGUGUGCAAGUUUCCUUCAGCGUUUUUCCAAGGGCCUGCUGACCUCUGUGGCUCAUUCUGCUAUGAAGUCCUAAAAUGCUGUAACCACAGGUCACGGUUGACUCAGAUGGAAGCUUCAGCACUUCUCUACUUCUUCAUGAGGAAGAACUUUGAAUUUAACAAGCAGAAGUCAAUAGUCCGGUCUCACUUACAACUCAUCAAAGCAGUGAGCCAGUUAAUAGCUGACGCGGGGAUUGGAGGGUCUCGCUUUCAACACUCGCUUGCAAUCACCAACAACUUUGCCAAUGGAGAUAAGCAGAUGAAAAACAGCAAUUUCCCAGCAGAGGUGAAAGAUCUGACUAAACGUAUAAGGACUGUUUUAAUGGCCACAGCCCAGAUGAAAGAGCAUGAAAAGGACCCUGAGAUGCUGGUGGACCUUCAGUACAGCCUAGCAAAUUCCUAUGCAAGUACCCCUGAGCUACGCAGGACCUGGCUGGAAAGCAUGGCCAAGAUUCAUGCAAGAAAUGGAGACCUAUCCGAGGCUGCUAUGUGUUACAUCCAUAUAGCUGCACUUAUCGCGGAAUACCUGAAGCGCAAGGGUUACUGGAAAAUGGAAAAGAUUUGCACACCACCAGAAGACACCCACCCCUGUGAUAGCAACUUAUUACUAACCACUCCAGGCGGAGGAAGCAUGUUCUCUAUGGGUUGGCCAGCUUUCCUGAGCAUCACCCCGAACAUUAAAGAAGAAGGAGCGAUGAAAGAGGAUUCUGGAAUGCAAGACACCCCGUACAACGAGAACAUCCUGGUGGAGCAGCUGUACAUGUGUGUGGAGUUCCUUUGGAAGUCUGAACGAUAUGAACUCAUCGCUGACGUCAAUAAACCCAUCAUUGCUGUCUUUGAAAAGCAACGAGACUUCAAAAAAUUAUCAGAUCUCUAUUAUGAUAUCCACCGGUCCUAUCUGAAAGUGGCAGAGGUGGUGAAUUCGGAGAAGCGAUUGUUUGGUCGUUACUACAGAGUAGCAUUUUAUGGGCAGGGAUUCUUUGAGGAAGAGGAAGGUAAGGAGUAUAUCUAUAAAGAGCCUAAGCUGACAGGGCUCUCAGAAAUUUCCCAAAGACUUCUCAAGCUCUAUGCAGACAAAUUUGGAGCAGACAAUGUGAAGAUAAUUCAAGAUUCCAACAAGGUAAACCCCAAGGAUCUGGAUCCCAAAUAUGCCUAUAUUCAGGUGACCUAUGUCACGCCAUUCUUUGAAGAAAAGGAAAUAGAAGACCGGAAGACAGACUUUGAAAUGCAUCACAACAUCAAUCGCUUUGUCUUUGAGACACCCUUUACUCUGUCAGGCAAGAAGCAUGGAGGAGUGGCCGAGCAGUGUAAGCGGAGGACGGUCCUGACCACCAGCCACUUGUUCCCGUACGUGAAGAAGAGGAUCCAGGUCAUCAGCCAGUCAAGCACAGAACUGAAUCCUAUCGAGGUGGCAAUUGACGAGAUGUCCAGGAAGGUCUCUGAACUUAAUCAGCUGUGCACCACGGAGGAGGUGGACAUGAUCCGGCUACAGCUCAAACUCCAGGGCAGCGUCAGCGUAAAGGUCAAUGCUGGGCCAAUGGCUUAUGCUCGAGCGUUUCUUGAAGAAACUAAUGCAAAGAAGUAUCCUGACAACCAAGUAAAGCUACUGAAGGAAAUAUUCAGGCAAUUUGCAGAUGCAUGUGGGCAGGCUCUUGAUGUGAAUGAGCGUCUCAUCAAGGAGGACCAGCUGGAGUACCAGGAAGAACUGAGGUCCCAUUAUAAGGACAUGCUCAGUGAACUGUCUGCCAUCAUGAAUGAGCAGCCCUUGGCCCAAAGCACAGAAACACCUACAGAAAGAGAAUAUGAGAACUGAAAGGCUUUCCACAAUUUUACAGGUAUUGACCCAAGCCGUACAGAGUGUUGGCUCUCUAGAAUGUUUAGGUCUGGUUAGACACUGAGAAACACAAGGUGGGAACCUUCCCCUGCCCCAUUAGUCCCUUGAGGAACUCAAUACCAAAAAUAUGGGGUAGCAUUUCACAUUUUUGCAGCUAGGGGCUUCUAUACCCAUAUUCAGAGUGAACCUCAGGGAGACCCAUGUUCCCAUGAGUCUUUUACCUUGAGACUUCCUUAGCAGACACUGGACCUCAAGCAGUGGUCCACAAUUAGAAGAAAAAAAAAGAUAGAUAGAUAGAUAGAUAGAUAGAUAGAUAGAUAGAUAGAUAGAUAGAUAGAGAUAGAUAGAGAGAUAGAGAGAGAUAGAGAGAUAGAGAGAGAUAGAGAGAUAAAUAGAGAGAUAGAGAGAGAGAGAGAGAGAGAGAGAGAGAGAGAGAGAGAGAGAGAAUAGAUUGGUAGAUAAUAGCAUAAUAACUAAUCAGAUGAGAGAAAGAGAGAGACUUUGAUAACAUAAUAUAUGAUAUAUAUAACAAACUUCCAUAAUGCUGGGCAUAUAUCCACCAUAUUCUGAAUGGCUUGCAUGAAUUGUGACCACUCAAUAAUGUCAGUAUUUUGGAGGCACUAAAGCAAUCAGUUGAACAUCACAUGAACUUCUCUAAUCUACUUAGCAGCAUCCAUCAACCCUCACACUCUACUUGGGUGGUGACCUGGAGCCUUUCCAGUAAUGUGAUAUGGCCGGUUUCAUAUCGGUUCCCUCUCCUUCCCCCUAAUAACCUAGUACCAUCACCACAGAACAAGGCAAAUGCUGGAACUGUUAUUCUGAUCACGUGCAGGACACAUUCCUUCUUCCUUGUCUUCCGCCCACUCCUUUUAACACUCCACAGUAGUUCAAGGAGGAGGGAAUGGUAGACUGACUUAUGAUGGAAAGACUAAAUCUCUGUAGAUAGGAUUCCCAACAGAGAUCGUGUUAACUGGGGAUUUCUGAGAGGUGGUGGAGCACACAUGGGCAACAUUAUUAAAUCUGGGAUUUAAAUGAGGAGACCGGAUGUCAACGCUGGGAAACCACACAUGUCUCUCACUGUAAGCCGCACCUGGCCUUGAACUGUCUGGCAAAAUAUUUUUCUCUUUUUCUUCC